GGGCUUUCUCCAGUCGUGAGUACCGUAUUCAUCUAAUUUGAAACAAGCCACGGCAACAUUCCCCUCGGACCACCUGGGAUCAUCAUUGUGUUACAAAAAUUCUCUCUGCCGCGGAAGGACAAACCGAUCUUUCUAUCUCUUCAUUUCUCAGUUUGAAGUGCCGAGUCGGUGCUGCGUCCUGUAUUGGAGUUGUGUUAACAGUUUUAAACUUCAGCGACCGAAAUUGUGCAGUGAACCAUUGCAUUUACCAAGUGGAUACACACCUCAUUUUUUGUGUAGUUGGUAAAUUGAAGAGUCUUUGUCUAAUUUUUCGUUAUGUUUUAAUCAGUGAGUGUAUGCGCCAAGGAAAUAUCUUAUUGGUGACUCAUUAAAAGGUAAUAACAUAAUUUUCUAAUUUUUUUUAUUUUUUUUGAUGUCGGCCCUACCAAACUUUUCGGUUCAAUGGACCAGGCUUUUCUCAAAGAACUUGUAAUUGUAUUUUAUUAACCAAGACAUACUGUCAAAAGGCGCAGCUCUGCGGAUUAGUCCAUGGAGUUUUACAACGAUAACCAUACCCCCGCCCCCCAACAGUGGAUCUUUAACUUGUGUAUUUCCACGUUAUAAUUUCUGCAAAAUUUUUAAGUACUUCUCUUAACAAGGUAACGCCAUACUUCUCCCAAUGACUCUUCUCAUUCGGUUUAAAGGCGACACCUGCCCACUAAAAGCAGAUAUAAGAAGACAAAAUACUAAGUGAGUUGUAUCGAUCGAUGCCAUUACGCGCAGACCCAGAAAAUGCACAAUGCAUACCUGCGGAAAAUGUUUAUUUUUGAGAAGGGUAAUUAUCCUAAAAGGGUGAGCCCGCCCCCGCCCCAGGCAUUGUUUUCUUUGUAGCUAUCUCAAUCCGCACUUAAGUGUUCUAUCUUAAAGAAAUGCGGGCAAAUGGCUGAUGCUGGUCAAGUUCACGCCUGUGUGUCAUUAAGGGAGACAAUAAGGUCAACUAAUUAUAGAUAACAGUGGUUUGGUUGUUUACGUGACUCCGGGUCUUUGACACCAACCCUCCAAUAACACUGAGACUCCGGAUCUUCAACACGAGCAUCUGGGUCACGCUGAGACUCGGUGUCUUUAACACCAACCCUCCAAUAACACUGAGGCCGUGUCUUUAACACCAACCCUCCGAUAACAAUGAGACGCCGUGUCUUUAACACCAACCCUCCAAUAACACUGAGACUCCGGGUCUUUGACACCAACCCUCCAAUAACACUGAGACUCUGGGUCUUUGACACCAACCCUCCAAUAACACUGAGACUCCGGGUCUUCAACACGAGCAUCUGGGUCACGCUGAGACUCAGUGUCUUUAACACCAACCCUCCAAUAACACUGAGACUCCGCGUCUUUAACACCAAACACCCCGGUCACACUUUAAAUUUUAAAAAGUUUCAUGACAUAGCCAGGAAGCCAUUGUUUUUCCGUAGAGAUAUUUUCCAGAAAGGGGAGGUGGUUUUCGUUAGGCAUUUUUGAUAGCGUUCAGGGGUAAAGAUAGGGACGCAUGGGAGAAGGAAGAUGAAAAUGGGGUUAGGGGGUCCAACCUGGUUGGGACUUAUUUCUCUAUUUUUAUCAAUUUCGGCCAAGUGCAAUUAAAAGAAAUAAACGAUAGGGUUUAACUUACGCUUGGCAUAACUUUAUUUCACCAUCAACUAGCCAAUAUACCCGGUGUUACCAAGGUUUGUAUUCGGAAAAAAACUUUACAGCCUUUUAGCUAACAGAAAAUAAGGUCCCUGUGAAAGAAAUGCCACUAAAAAAUAAAAAUUAUAAUUGUAUCCUUAUAAAACACAUUUAUAAUGUGAACAUAUGAGGCCCAGGUCGUCUCAUUUAAAUAUCCAAGGUGUAACUAGUUUUAAAAAAUCAUUAUUUAAAUCUAAUCAAACAUUUUAAAGUUGUCCCAAAUAUGUUAAAAUUGUCCCAUUAUAACAAAUAUUCAUAAAUGACAUUACAAUAGAAUUGGAUUUCCAAAGGAUCCUCAUUGCCCAGUGGGAUCUCACCAGGCAAUGAGAUUACACAAGGCAAUGAGAUCACACCAGGCAAUGAGAUCACACCAGGCAAUGAGAUCACACCAGGCAAUGAGAUCACACCAGGCAAUCAGAUUACACAAGUCAAUGAGAUCACACCAGGCAAUGAGAUCACACCAGGCAAUGAGAUCACACCAGGCAAUGAGAUCCUACCAGGCAAUGAGAUUAUACAAGGCAAUGAGAUCACACCAGGCAAUGAGAUUACACAAGUCAAUGAGAUCACACCAGGCAAUGAGAUCACACCAGGCAAUGAGAUUACACAAGUCAAUGAGAUCACACCAGGCAAUGAGAUCACACCAGGCAAUGAGAUCACACCAGGCGAUGAGAUCACACAAGGCAAUGAGAUCACACCAGGCAAUGAGAUCACACCAGGCAAUGAGAUCACACCAGGCAAUGAGAUCUACACCAGGCAAUGAGAUCAGACAAGACAAUGAGAACCUACCAGGCGAUGAGAUCCUACCAGGCAAUGAGAUCACACCAGGCAAUGAGAUCACACCAGGCAAUGAGAUCACACCAGGCAAUGAGAUCAGACAAGACAAUGAGAACCUACCAGGCGAUGAGAUCCUACCAGGCAAUGAGAUCACACCAGGCAAUGAGAUCACACCAGGCAAUGAGAUCACACCAGGCAAUGAGAUCACACAAGGUAAUGAGAUCCCACCAGGCAAUGAGAUCACACAAGGCAAUGAGAUCACACAAGGCAAUGAGAUCACACAAGGCAAUGAGAUCCCACCAGGCAAUGAUAUCCCACCUGACAAUAAGAUUCCACCGGGCCAAUGAGAUCACACAAGGCAAUGAGAUCACACAAGGCAAUGAGAUCACACAAGGCAAUGAGAUCACACAAGGCAAUGAGAUCACACAAGGCAAUGAGAUCACACAAGGCAAUGAGAUCACACAAGGCAAAGAGAUCACACAAGGCAAUGAGGCAAUUAGGUCAACACACGUUUAUAACAGAACUUUCUAUCAAAUUCUUGAUUAAUUUCAAUUACGCCCCAACCCCCUCCUCCCCAACAAACUCUCACCCCGUCAGAAACUUAUAAAAUAUUCCUCUUCUACGUAUUCAUGUUUAGGAUACAAACAAAUUCUUCAACAGAAAGACUAUAACUAUACCCAUUUUUAUUUAGUUCUCUUCCUCCAUAUUUAAUAAGUUCUGUUAUGAUGAGGUCUUCUCCAGGGCUUAUAUGUUUUUUUCAUAGACUUGAUUUCUUCUGUAGAUUCUUCCAAAGCUGGAGAGUUUAUUAAAGGGUCUUGAUCUCCAUGUGGUGGUUCAUAAUCUUCAUCUUGUCCAUUGUCUGCAUUUAGUAUGUUCUCAAACUAUUCAGCCCACCUCUCCAGUACUUUAGUAUUUUCCAUAAUUAAUUCUCCAUCAUUGUUUACGCAUUUGAGGUCAGUCUUGGUAACCAUUCUUUUCAUGUUUUAUCUUCAUGUACAUUCAUCUGAUGUUUCCCUCUCUUAAUGUCUUCUACUUCUCUUUGCCUUCUUUUUUUCCAUUACCAUUUUUUCUUCCUACAAAUAUAAAUAUCAGUGUGUCACCUAACAUAUACAUAUCAGUGUGCCGCUUAACAUGUAAAUAUGAGUGUGUCACCCAAAAUAUAAACAUCUGUGUGUCACCUAACAUAUAAGUAUCAGUGUGUCGCCUAACAUAUAAAUAUCAGUGUGUCGCCUAAGAUAUAACUAUCAGUGUGUCACCUAACAUAUAAAUAUCAGUGUGUCAACUAACAUAUAAAUGUCAGUGAGGCACCUAACAUAUAAAUAUCCCUGUGGCACCUAACAUAAAUAUCAGUGUGGCACCUAACAUAUAAAUAUCAGUGUGGCACUUAAUAUACAAUGAUGCUUAUAAUCUGUGAGUGUUAGCACGAUUGAUAUAACUGUAACUUCAAAAAGUUUCCAUUUGUCUUCAUUUAUCAACAACACAGACCUCUUGAACAUCAACUAAAGAUUGGCCCACACAAAUUAAAAACAAAAACAACUUUGACUUAUAAAUGUGGGUCGUGUCAUUCGUGUCGGCCAAAAGUCGUCUCGGUCUUUAAAUAUAUUGGCACUUCCCAAGUAGCGCUAAGCCUAUAUUUACACACACCUGCACAUAUCUAGCAGAUUUAAUCUACCUUUUAAAAAAAAAUUGAAAAGAUAUCUAAUUAAUAACUAAAAUAUUAAAAAUUCCAGACAAAGUUAUUUUCAUGCUCCUUCAGACGCUCGCCGCCACCAUAAUAAAGCUAGACACGAGACGACUCCCAUGAAAACCUGCAGGCUCGUUUGUUGAUAAUCUCGACCCUAAUUACUCCUUUUUUUUUUCUUCUGUCAGACAGAAUCUGACCCUCCAUACAUCUUUCUGUCCCUCGUUUCGUCCUCGGUGGAUGCCUCAAGUGUUUCCAUACAUCAACUACAGCGCGUUUUCUUUUAUUUGACAUACACUGUGUAGGGUUCACGAGAACUGGGCCGGACUGCAAGCCCAGCUAAACAAAAUGUGGCACCGAGGACUUUGACUGGCGUUUGGAGUUAGGUGAACAGACAUACGAGCCCAAUUCGCGGAUCUUAGGAAAAUGUAUUUUUAACUUUCAACCCAUCAUUAGGCCCUGCUACUGAUUCUUAAAUGCUAUUUAAAUACGUUUUCUGUAUUUAUAACUUUGUAGUUUUACGUUGUUAAAGUGUCUUUGAUUGCAUGUAUAAGGCAUAGGGCAUACGCAUACAAUACAUCUUUCACAGUGAUUCCCAAACUUUUGACAUCGGUGUAACCCUAUCUAUAAUUUUCGUAACACUGAGUACCCCUCGUUAAAAAAAAUGUGCAUAUACUUUGAUAACAAUCCAACAAUAUUUAUUUUUUCCUUUGAGGUAUCAAAUGAAAGAUAAUUGAAUGGGCUAUAUGUGUGUAAACUUACUUCUUCAGUUUAAUAAAAUAAACGACCACAAAUGACAUCCAAAUAACAUUGAGUCUAAUGGUACCCGGGUGCGAAUGGCGGCGCUGCGUGUCUGGGUCCAUUUUGACUCAAUGCUAUUUGGAUGUCAUUUGUGGUAGCUUACUUUAGUUAAACUGAAGAAUUUAGUUUACGAACAAUUAUCUUUCAUUUGAUACCUCAUUUUGUCUUACAAACCCAACGAUAAUAUUUUAAAUAGUUUUUUUUAUCCCAACCUCUCACUUCUGGUACCCGGGUACGAAUAGCCACUUUGAUAAUUAAAUCGUCACAAAGUUUAAUGCAGCGCACCGGAAUUUAAAGCGCGGCUUAUCUAAAGCAUUGUCAGAAUUACGUGGGGCACCACAAGUGCAAAAUAGUUGCCUUCAGGGCAUUUACGGGAAAUAAAAUCGCGCGCGAACCAGUCAAACUUUUACAAUGUAAUGAAGUGUCAUUGAGCUACACUAUCAAAAGAAGUAAAUAUUAGUUUUUAGUAUCUUUGUUUUUUUUCUUCUCUUAGAAGCAUAUACCCGCAGCACAUCUAACACCAUUUUGCUGCAGACCAGUGCGCCACGGCGCACCGUCUGCGCAGCUCUGACCUAAUUGAACCCCUUUCAAACCACCCUACGGUGUUUUUGUGCGCGCGUCUCCCGUGACCUAAUUUAUCGCCGUGCCCCAUAGACUCUUUUUUUGUUUUAUUUACCAGCUUCCUUCCAAAGAACCUUUGUGGCAUGUACCAGCUGAUACAAUGUCCGUUAUCACCUACGUGCGCCGUCUCAUUUUACGGUCAACAUCUGGAGAGCAGCUUAUUGUGCCAGGUCUUAUCUUCCGGUCGGUCACGAUAAUACACUGGCACCAUUACACAAUAGUGCCCGUGUGUUGCCCAUCCAUUGGCUCUUUUAGAACACGUGGAAAGUGGAUUAUCACAAGUAAAUAACCUGUUUAUAAACAAAACCAUAUAUUUUAUUGGGGCACAUUUGCCUUUAAGCUUUCUCAGCCCCCCCCCCCCCCCCCCUUUUUCCCCAGCCCAGCCCGUCGCAGCACACAAACAUUUUUUGUUCCACAUCCAUCAGAACCAAAGAUAUUUUCCGCCGUACAUUUCGUUUAGAGAGUUUCGUGCUCCGAGUUGAUCCGAAUAGGUGCAAAGGUUAAUGGAAGAGCUAAUAGGUUUUCUGUGAAUCAAAAGUCUACCGCCUGCGUGUAAUAAUUUCUGUCCAUAUAAUGUAAACGGUUUAGCUUGACAUGUGGCUUGGAGGCUCUAUAGUUUAUUAUCUUUAUAAAAAUUUCGUAAUCUUUAUAAAGCUUAUUAUCUUUAAAUAGUUCAUUAUCUUUAUAAAGUUUAUCAUCUUUAUAAAUUGUAUUAUCUUUAUAAUUUCUUCUAACAUUUUCUACAUCCACAUGCUUCUCUAAUUAACGAUCAUUAAAUUUUCUACCGAAUUACUAAACUAAUAAUAAUAUAAAAGUACCAAGUCUUUGGGAAAACAAUUUAAUUUUUUUUUUUUUUUUUUUUUAUAUUUUUUUGUUUUUGAAAUUUUAAUAAUAAUAUAAAAGUACCAAGUCUUUGGGAAAACAAUUUAAUUUUUUUUUUUUUUUUUUUAAACUUUAGUGGUUUAGCAAAUUACUACCACUGGAUACGAAAGAGCCGAAAUCCGUUGUAAAGUUUAGGCCUAUUAUUCAACAAGCUUACGCGGAGGAAGUAGGAAGUAUAUUGUUAAAUUAAAAUUAAUUGACAAAAACACUUUCUAAAUUACAUCUCACGAUCGUUAGUCAUAAAAGUAUUUUAAAAUCAUCUACUUAUGUAGCAUAUAGUAUAAUAAUAGGCAGGGCCGGCCCUUGUGGUGCUGGCGCCCUGGGCAAGCUUAACUUUGACGCCUCCUUUUAAGUAUGAUUAUAAAAUGCUGCAAGAAAAAAACUGGGGAUUAGUAAAUGAGUUAUUUACAUAGGUUGUAUAUUUUGAACAAAAAAUGAACGAUAAAAUUAUUUUUCUUAACUUGUAUUUGGAAAGUAUGAACAAUUAGCCAAAUAAUAAUUUUAUUUAUUUAUUUAUUCAUUUUGGCAUUUUUAUAUAGCGCUUACCUUAAAGCUCUAAGCGCUUUACAAUUAUUAAAAACAUGUAAACUAAGUAAAAUAAAAAUGAAAAACCAGAGAAACUAGGAUAGUAGCUACUAUACUAUAGAAACAAUUAAAAUGGCUAUAAAACGAGAACACUUUGGCACGUUUUGGCCUAUACUACAGGAUCAACCCGAGACAGAAAAUGAGGCAGGGCAAGUAGGGUGCAUCACAGGUCACAGGCGGACCUAAACAGAUGGGUUUAAAUAAUAAUAAUAAUAAUUAGAGCCCUUAUAUAGAGCGGUUGCCCAGCCUAGGGCAGUAUGAACAAUCAGCUUACCGUGGUCAGUAUGAUGAUUAAUCAGCCUACCGUGGUCAGGAGGAACAAUCAGCCUACCGCGGUCAGUAUGAUUAAUCAGCCUGCCGUGGUCGUUAUGAUUAAUCAGCCUACCGUGGUCAGUAUGAUUAUUCAGCCUACCGUGAUCAGUAUGAAAAAUCAGCCUACCGUGGUCAGUAUGAUUAAUCAGCCUACUGUGGUCAGUAUGAUUAAUCAGCCUACCGUAGUCAGUAUGAUUAAUCAGCCUACAGUGGGCAGUAUAAACAAUCAGCCUACAAUCAGCCUACCGUGGUCAGUAUGAUUAAUCAGCCUACCGUGGUCAGUAUGAUUAAUCAGCCUACCGUGGUCAGUAUGAUUAAUCAGCCUACCGUGGUCAGUAUGAACAAUCAUUCUACCGUGGUCAGUAUGAUUAAUCAGCCUACCGUGGUCAGUAUGAACAAUCAUUCUACCGUGGUCAGUAUGAUUAAUCAGCCUACCGUGGUCAGUAUGAAUAAUCAGCCUACCGUGGUCAGUAUGAUUAAUCAGCCUACCGUGGUCAGUAUGAACAAUCAUUCUACCGUGGUCAGUAUGAUUAAUCAGCCUACCGUGGUCAGUAUGAACAAUAAUUCUACCGUGGUCAGUAUGAUUGAUCAGCCUACCGUGGUCAGUAUGAUUAAUCAGCCUACCGUGGUCAGUAUGAUUAAUCAGCCUACCGUGGUCAGUAUGAUUAAUCAGCCUACCGUGGUCAGUAUGAACAAUCAUUCUACCGUGGUCAGUAUGAUUAAUCAGCCUACCGUGGUCAGUAUGAUUAAUCAGCCUACCGUGGUCAGUAUGAUUAAUCAGCCUACCGUGGUCAGUAUGAUUAAUCAGCCUACCGUGGUCAGUAUGAUUAAUCAGCCUACCGUGGUCAGUAUGAUUAAUCAGCCUACCGUGGUCAGUAUGAUUAAUCAGCCUACCGUGGUCAGUAUGAUUAAUCAGCCUACCGUGGUCAGUAUGAUUAAUCAGCCUACCGUGGUCAGUAUGAUUAAUCAGCCUACCGUGGUCAGUAUGAUUAAUCAGCCUACCGUGGUCAGUAUGAUUAAUCAGCCUACCGAUGACAUUUGACUUUUCCUUUCCAUCGUGUUAUUGCUUUUUCUAUUUUUCUUCCACACAUGCAAUGAUUUUUUUUCUCCAAUUUUGGAAGAUUGUUGAUGGCGCCAUAAGCGCAUGGCACCCGGGGCAACUGCCCGAACUGCCGGUACCUUGAGCUGGCCGUGGUAAUGGUUCGUAGCCCAUUGACCAUGCAAGCCAUAUACUCUAAACGAUCUAGGUCAAAAUGUUUAUGUGAUCUGCGCACUAAAUAUUAUUUAGUUUGGACAUUGGACAGGCAAUCCCUUGCUGAAGCCUACCGAAAACCCCGUGAGGUUGUUUGCGAUUGUAACGUAUAAAAAUGUCUUAUCAUCCCCCCUCCACCCCUUUUAAGUAUUUUUCCAUCAUUGAUGAAAACCAAUAACAUCGAAUUCACGUUAUUACAUAACGUUGUUAUUACAGAACGUUGUAAUCACAUAACUUUGGCUCUUGUGGAGCUUUGCGCAGAUGUGAAGUGGGCCCCCUUUUAAAUAACCAUGCAUGCUGAAAGCACACCGACACUCAACUUUUAAAUCUCCAAUGUUGAUUGUAUUGUUAAAUUUUAAUUCUUUUUAUGAAGGCUACACUAUUCCAAUAUAAACUGUUGAUGAAAAAAAACAACAAAAAAAACUUUUAACGCAUAAAAAGCCAAUCCGACAAAAAACAACAAACAACAACAAUGAUGCAAAUUUUCGAAAUGUUUCUUGAAGAUACAACAACCGUGUUGGGGAUACUCUAAAGAAACGAUUCAACGCUACAACAUUUGACAAAUUGUAUAAACUGUUUGGCAUCCAAAUUUUAAAUCGGAUAAUAAAGGAAAUCAUGAGAAUAAAAAACAAAAUAAUAAAUCGGCCACAAAUUUCAACUUAUCUAGGCGAAAACAAAAGUAGGCUUAACAUUUCAACUUAUCUAGGCGAAAACAAAAGUAGGCUUAACAUUUCAACUUACCUAGGCGAAAACAAAAGUAGGCUUAACAUUUCAACUUACCUAGGCGAAAACAAAAGUAGGCUUAACAUUUCAACUUACCUAGGCGAAAACAAAAGUAGGCUUAACAUUUCAACUUACCAAGGCGAAAACAAAAGUAGGCUUAACAUUUCAACUUAUCUAGGCGAAAACAAAAGUAGGCUUAACAUUUCAACUUACCUAGGCGAAAACAAAAGUAGGCUUAACAUUAUAACUUAUCUAGGCGAAAACAAAAGUAGGCUUAACAUUUUAACUUACCUAGGCGAAAACAAAAGUAGGCUUAACAUUUCAACUUACCUAGGCGAAAACAAAAGUAGGCUUAACAUUUCAACUUAUCUAGGCGAAAACAAAAGUAGGCUUAACAUUUCAACUUACCUAGGCGAAAACAAAAGUAGGCUUAACAUUUCAACUUAUCUAGGCGCACACAAAAGUAGGCUUAACAUUUCAACUUAUCUAGGCGCACACAAAAGUAGGCUUAACAUUUCAACUUACAUAGGCGCACACAAAAGUAGGCUUAACAUUUCAACUUACCUAGGCGCACACAAAAGUAGGCUUAACAUUUCAACUUAUCUAGGCGCACACAAAAGUAGGCUUAACAUUUCAACUUAUCUAGGCGCACACAAAAGUAGGCUUAACAUUUCAACUUAUCUAGGCGCACACAAAAGUAGGCUUAACAUUUCAACUUAUCUAGGCGCACACAAAAGUAGGCUUAACAUUUCAACUUACCAAGGCGCACACAAAAGUAGGCUUAACAUUUCAACUUACCUAGGUAGCGGAGGUAGGACAGUGCGAAGGGAAAAUUGUAAGCCAAAGAAAUUACGCCUUCCCCCUUUCUCUUCCCUCUUCCCCCCACAGUUUCUUCCAUAAGUGAUCAUAAAUACACCCACACCAAAUACUAAUAUAUAAAUAUAUCAUACAACUUUGUUCAUGGUGUAUAUUGACCAUUUUAGCACCCACUGAUGUUAAUGCCCCUUGAUAUUGGCACCCACUGAUGUUAAUGCCCCUUGAUAUUGGCACCCACUGAUGUUAAUGCCCCUUGAUAUUGGCACCCACUGAUGGUAAUGCCCCUUAAUAUUGGCACCCACUGAUUUUAAUUCCCCUUGAUAUUGGCACCCACUGAUGUUAAUGCCCCUUGAUAUUGGCACCCACUGAUGUUAAUGCCCCUUGAUGUUGGCACCCACUGAUGUUAAUGCCCCUUGAUAUUGGCACCCACUGAUAUUGUUGCCCGUGUGGGGUCCCCUUCGCUAGACCGUGUGUGCAAGUGACUAUUUAAAAGAUCUCAGCCUUUAAACUGAAGAAAAAGAAAAAAAAGAGCAUUUAACUUAAACAAGAAAGUUCCGGGUGAACCUAAAGGAUUGUGAGGCAAUUGACUAGGGGCCACACGGCUCUUAGGGGCCCUUGCCUCUCCAUGUAUAAAAAGUAAUGGAAUUAUGGGGGGGGGGGGGGGGGAAAAAAAAAAAAGGAGAAAAAAAAAAAAAAAAGAAAAAAAAAAAAAAAAAAAAAAACAAAAAAAAUGGCGGAAAUAAAAAAAAGUGAGUAAAAAAAAAAAAGGAACACAUGAUAUAAAAAUUCAAACUCUAAUAUACAGAAAUAAAACUAUAUUAACUUACAGCACAUAAAGUGAAAAAUUUCAAACCUCGGAAAAUACAAAUAUUAAUACACACACACAGACACACACACAGAGAGAGAGAGAGAGAGAGAGAGAGAGAGAGAGAGAGAUAGAGAGAGAGGAAGAGAGAGAGAGAGAAAGAGAACAAUCUUGUAAUGCUCUUAUAAGUAAAUUACGUCUCGUAAAUGUCAAGUAAAAUUAGCAAAGAUCUCUUCCGGCUGGGAAAACUCCCGACUUAUUUAUAGGGAGGAAGGGGGAACCCUACAGAAAAGAAAUUCUAGAAAUUGCAUAAACCAAUAGCAAUAGAAUUCUUUAUAACAAUUAGAACUUAACCACCUUUUCCAAAUCAAGGGAGGGAAGGGUGUGUUCGAAAAGGAGUGGCAGCACAGUGUUAUCAAUUUAAUUGGUGACGUCAGUAGCAGAACAAAAAAGGGGAGACCAGUAGUGGACAAAAACUAGGCCUAUAACAGCCGCUCCUUUCGAUUGGUUACCGAAAGGUAUGGUGUAGUUUUGGUCUUACGGAGAAUCCGCCAGUGUAACUAUACGUUGUCCUGGCGAUAAUCCAUGGUCGUAUUAUGACCUUUAGGACUCUGUGCAUAGCAGCAUAUCCUAGAUAGGGAGCCAAUGCCCCAGGCGAUAACCUUUAGGGGCGCUAUAAUCGUGGAUAAUUCUAAAUCAGCGUUAAAAAAUCCUAUAUCCCCUAGCGUGAGAAUGGCGCUAGGGGGGGGGGUGCGGCUCACUCCACUGGCCGGCUCCUCUUUAAUAAAUGUGACUUAAAAUUAGAUAGGAUGUGUUGUCAUCGGCAUCACGUCUAUGUGCCAAGUUUCAGCUCGAUAGGUUGACUGGGUUAAGUGGGUCAUUUAGCAUUCCAAAGAUUUUGCCAGCCAGCCACCCACGAACAAAAGCGAAGUUAAUAUAAAGGAUUUUAAAAAUAGUGAUGAAAUGUUGUAUAUUAUAAUUCUUAUUGUUUUCAUGAGCCUGUGUGUUAUAUCAAUAAUAUAAUUGUGAAUAGUUUUGAUGAGUUUGUAUGUUAAAUCGAUAUUAUAAUUGUUAAUUGUUUUGAGGAGUCUGUGUGCUAAAUCAAUAUUGACUUUGUGAAUACUUUUUAGGAGUCUAUGUGCUAAAUCAAUAUUAGAAUUGUGAAUAGUUUUUAGGAGUUUAAGUGUUAUAUUUAUAUUAUAAUUCUGUUUAAUAUCCAUAAUUCUAUGAUAUGAUUGUUCACCAAAAACGAACGAUUUCUUUAUCUUCCCCAGCUACAGCAUUACGUCACGUGCUUUAGAAAUAUUUAAUUGAUCCCUAAAUAAUUUACGAAAGAGCUUAGAGAAGAGGUUUAUUGUGGAAAAUGGAUAAGCGGAUAUCAAGCAACUGAAUGACUGUCGUCAAAGCUCUCAGUUUUCGCGCGGAAUUCUGAGUCUCAACCCAUCACCAUGAAGGCGCCUCACUUCGCCUUAUUUACACUGUUAUUUUUAGUGAUUCUACUGCAACCGACCAACUCAAAUCGGGUGCUUUUCAAAAAGCCAUCGUCUUACAACACCUUCAUGAGACAAGUCGACAUGAACUACGAGAAGGCGAAGGUGGAGACUCUUGGUGACAUUUUCAAGAGACACGUCCAGCAGCUGAGGCACACGCCCAACAAGAUGGUCGAGUUGGUGUUCCUCGUGGACAGCUCCGGUACGGUCGGAAGGUCGUACUUCUUUGAAGAAAUUAGGUAAGUUCAUAGAGGAAGCUGACACUUAAUGAGCGUAGCGCCUUGCACGAAUGCAUAUUUUUUUUUUUUAAGUUUUUAAAAAAUAAUUGAGCCCCAACCCCCCCCCCCCCCCCCCCCCAAAAAAAAAAAAAAAGAAAUAAAUAAAUAAAUAAUUAUUUACAGUGAUCGGCUGGUUUCUUAUUUUUACUACGUUCUGACUACACUCUGGCUACACGACAGCUCCAUAAAAAUGUAUAGGCCGGUAUAUAACACCGGUUUCUCAAUUUCAAUGAGUAAUUCUGAUUGUGGGUUGUCAAAAGCUUGGCAAAUGUUAUAAAGAAGUCGUGGCACUAAAAUGGCCGAGUACUGCCGGGUUAUCCAUUGAUCCCCGUGGCGCUACGGCCCAUGUAGGGUUUUGACAUGCCUCACCAUUUCCUUCCAUUCAGACAUAACUUAAGAUUUUCUUUUCCAUGCCAUGAUUCGCGGCUGCUGUAGAUCUUUUUCCACAUCAACCAUCCAUCUAAACCUAGGUCUGCAUUUGAGCCGUUUUCCUCUGGGGUUUUGGUCAUGCACCUUCUUCAUUCUUCUGUCGUUUGGCAUUCUUUCUUUCUUUCCAAUUCUAGGUGUCCUGCCCAGCGUAGCCAUCCCAUUUUUAUUUCUGCUACUAGCGUGGGAUCCUGAUAUAGACUAGUUUAGGAUUAUACAUAUUAUAUUAAAUAAUAUGAAUAUUAUUAUUAUUAAGCAAUUCGUGUUUUAAAUUCAUCAAUCAGCUUUGAUGCCUUUGUGAUUGCUACUGGUUCUAUAAAUGCAUUUCACUUCAUUUCUCCCCGUUGGGUGGAACACUGGGAAAAUGAAAAGAUAAAUCUUCCUUUUUUAACACUGGGACCCACCGGUAUUGUCUCAAAAUACCCGGAUCCGGACCGGAAGCAAAAAAAAAAAAAAAAAAAAAAAAAAAAAAAACAAAAAAAAAAAAAAAAAAAAAAAAAAAAAAAAAAAAAAAAAAAAAAAAAAAAGAAACCAAAAAAAAAAAAAAAAAAAAAAAAAAAAAAAAAAAAAAAAAAAGGCCCCAAUUUUAACACGUUAUUAAAGCAGUGAUUCUUUAAGACAUAUUUUAAAAUAAAAAACGCUGGCCAACAUUUAUCUUUAUCAUCGAUCCCUAUGCCUAACCUGAACCCUAAAUCGAUCCUUAAACCUAACAUGAACCCUAAAAACUAGCCGUAAAUCCACAAGUAAAAACACGUGGACCAUGGAAUUACUGUGGCAAGAAAACUAUAAAAAUUAACCAAAAAAAAACAUUAAAAAAGGAGGCCAAAAUAAUUUUAAAAUAAAGAAAUAAUGAAAAUCCAACUUACAGUUUCAUGAAAUACACUUUUAAAAACUUAAUUUCAGGUCCCAACGAAAAGAAUAGCCACAAAAUGAAUAAAUCUCCACAGGCACCCCAAUUAUAUCAAAUAUGGUAGAACAAAAAAAAAUAUGAUAAUAAGCCAAGGGGCAACCAAUCAAAAUUUAAACAUUAUAAUUGAUCAACCAAUACAAUUUUAAUUAGGAAAAUGUAACUCUAGUAUAAAAAAAUAAGGGGAGUGAAAUCAGUGAAUCCAAAACAAAACACGCAAAAAUCGCCACGGGCGCUAGAUCUGAAUCAGCCCACGAUAAUAUAAAUUGUGUAAUUGCUGUGUCCUCGGUAAUAUUUACCAAUAAUUUUAUUACUGAAUUAUUCACCGAAACCUUAAAGAUUUUUCUCCAAUGUAACUCUUUUAAAUCUAGACUCAUAAAAGGUGACUAAUCAGUUAAAUUUAAUUUUUUGAAAGUUGACAAGCGCUAUUUUGAUAUAAACAUAAAAUAUUUAUUUCUAAAAAACUAUUCAAAAUUUAAAGACAUUAACUCUAACAAUAAGUGGGGCUAAAUACAUAAGUGGAUGUUUUAAAAUUUUAAGAAUCCAUUAAAUUAAUGGUGGGACUUUCUACGUCUCUAUAGUCUAUGUUCAAUGUUAUUAUAGCCGGUCUAAUUGUCACACUCACUAAUUGACUAUUAAACUAAUUGUGUUUUAUGAUAAGUUUUAUCAUUUAUAAAAUUUAUUUAUGCCAUGCAAACAGCAAUAUUUUAAUAAAUUAUAAUUUAGGGUACCAAAUAAAUUAUAUUAUUUUCCGUUAUUUUAUUUAAACAUAAAAAUUUAUUGAAUAAAUAAUUUUAUAAUUAAUAUAAUUGACUUGAUUUCACUUUUUCUUUAUUGAGUUAAGUGUUAGUCUUACUAAGUUAAUUUUUUUAUAAUUCAUAUAACUCUUAUAUGUCUUAUAAGUUAUUCUAAGAAUGUGUAGUUCUUUUUUUAAAGUUGAGCAACCAAUAAAUUAUGAAAUUGUAGAUACUUUAACUUUACACUUAAUCAUAAUCUAAUUGUCUAAUUAAAUUAUUAAUAAGUUUGUUUUGUUUGAACAUUCUUCUUUUCUCUCUCUCUUAAAUUUAAAUCAUGCAUGUUUAUUAGGCUAUAUAGGCUCUACUAUAAUAAUAUUACUAUUUAACUAUUUACUAAAUAUUUAUAAGUUAAAAUAUUUAUAUUGAAUUGAGCGUAUUAAAAAUAACCAAGUGGCUAUUCGGACCCGGCUAUCAGAAGUGAGAGGUUGGGAUUAAAGUUUUUAAAAAAAUAUUAUUGUUGGGUUUAUAAGACAAAAUUUGGUAUCAAAUGAAAGAUAAUUUAAUGCACUAUUUGAUUGUUUGUAAACUUAAUUUUUCAGUUUAAAUAAAAUAAACUACAACAAAUUACAUUAUGUAUAGCAUUUAGUCUAAAGGAAACCGGGUCCGAAUAGCAGCUAUGUGUACCCGGGUACCUUUAGACUAAAUGUCAUUUGAAUAUCAUUUGAGGUAGUUUAUUCAAUUAUCUUCCAUUUGAUAUCACAUUUUGUCUUACAAAACCUGCAAUGAUUUUUUUAAUAAACCCAACCUCUCACUCUUUGUACCCGGUGCUGAAUAGCCGCAGCCUAAAAUUAAACAAGUCAAUCAAGUCCAAAUUUAGAAUUAAACAAUUUUCCUUACUAUUAUUUUCCACAGAUUCGUGCGUAAUUUAUUAGCAGACUUUACAGUUGAUGUUAAUUCUACGCGUGUAUCUGUAAUAACUUUUUCAUCCCCCAAUAAAAUUUAUCGUCACAUUGACUACCUUACAAAACCUAAUCAAGAUAACCAUAAAUGCCGACUGUUAAUUGAAGACAUUCCACUUGUUGAAUAUACACCAGGAGGUACUCAUACACUUGGUGCUUUUCUUGAGGCUGAGGUACAUUUUUUAAUAAUGCUGUUUUUCAUUUCUUUUAAUUAAGAUAACUAUAAUCUACAUUUUAUCCAAAAUUUUUAAUGAGCAAUUCAUUUAUUUCCCCUUCCCAUAAUGCUUAACAAAUGAUAAAUUAGUUAAUUAUCUUUAAUCUAAUUAUUUAAAUAUUUUAACAUUAUUAAAUUAUGAUAAAUAAACAUAAUAAAUUAUUUUACAUUUGACAAAUUAAAUUUAAAAAACUUAAGUUCUCACUAUAAACUGUUUCCGCAAAGCCAUCAUUCUCUGAAAUUGAAUAAGUUAAUUUUUUUUUGCUAGAAAGUUCUUAAAUCAGCCAGACCAGAUGCAGUUAAAGCUAUAUUUCUAAUGACCGAUGGUUAUUCCAAUGGAGGAGAUCCACGUCCUGUUGCUAAAAAGUUGAAGAGACAAGGAGUAAAAAUCUUUACUUUUGGUAUUCGAGAUGGAUUUGUGUGGGAAUUACAGGACAUGGCAUCAGAACCCAAGAAUGAGACUUGCUACAUUCUUGACAGCUUUGAAGAAUUUGAAGCCUUAGCCAAACGCGCCUUACAUGCAGGUGGGUAUGUAACAGCCAAAUAUUUAAUUUUUUUAACUGAUGUAUUUGAUUCUAAACAUUUAUCAAUAAUAGAAUGAGAAAUUCACAGUAUUAAAUCAGUCUUUAAGUGGGGAUGUACAUGACUAAAUAAGGACUUAACUAAAUCUGUAUCAAAACUUUGAAGCUUUAAUUCUGGGAGUUAAUAUUCUGUACAGAUCUUCAAAGUGGCACCUAUGUUGAACAGCCUAUGAAAAAAUGCAAAACACUCUGCACUACUGAAAAUUUGUGCUGUCAUGACAACGCAACAUGUUCAUGUGGAACUUACACUGGAAAAUAUGAGUGUUUGUGCAAGCCAGGAUAUUAUGGAACUGGUAGAGGAAAAGUGGGCUGCAAACGUGAGUUAAUUUCUAAACUAUAUUGUUAACUAAACAUAUUUUUUCAUAUUGUUAUAAUUUUCUUCUUAAUAGGUAAUAGGUGGAUUUUUUUACAAAUUUAAAUCUUCUCCAGUGAAAUUUAUAGAAAUUAAUUUACAAUAUCCAUCUCUUAGCCUGCCCUCCUGGAACCUACAAGAACUUCACAGGUCUCGGAGAUACCAAUAUAUGUACUCCAUGUCCAGAUGAACACCAAACAACACCUGAAGGGGCAGCCUCUAUAUCCCAAUGUGUUUGUAAGAGGGGCUAUCAUAGUUUUGGAGCUAAAGAGUGCACUGGUGAGGCUAGGAUGUCUCUUAAUUCUGCUUUUAUAUUUUUCUCUUCAAUUGCAUAUUUAUUUUUAAAACUACACAUUUUUAUAUGCCCAGUGUUUUGAGUUUGCUAAAGAAACAAGAAUACUUUGGUGUUUUGUUUUUUUUAGAUUCAUCACUGAAUUACUCUUAUUAUUAUAAAGAAGUUUAAAAUUAAAAUCAAACAUAUUUCUAUAUUUUUUAUCACAGUCUGAUGAAAGGAGAGUAAUAUUUUAAGGCACACAGUAAUCGCUUUCACUUUUUCAUAAUUAAUUUUCAGUAUUCAGAUGUCCUGACCUCCCACCACCCAAGCAUGGGUACUUUGUAAACAACAAAUGUAACAAUGUCUUCAAUGCAGCAUGUGGGCUUAGAUGCCAGCAUGGAUAUGAACUCAGGGGCAGCAGUCUGCGAAUAUGCCAAGACGAUGGGACAUGGUCUGGCCAGGAUGCUGAGUGCAUCAGUAUGUUCCAAAAAUAAAAAUACUUUUCUUCUAUAUCUUAAGGGCCCAUGAUCAAAGUAAUGAUCAUUCUGGCUCCUAUUUAUGUAUAGCCCUUUAAUAUUCAUGACUUAUAAACAGCCAAAGCUAGUAAAGUUUAUCCCUAGAAGAACCGUGAAAGUUUUAAUAUUUAACCUCAUUUGUUGAUGUAAACUCUAUCAGUGAAGACCUGCCCAACUCUUCCGACUCCGAAAAAUGGUCACAUGAUUUGUUCAAGUGAUGACUUCUCCUAUUCAACCAUCUGCCGGUUUACUUGCAAUGCCGGAUAUCAACUUGUGGGCUCUAGAAAGAGAACCUGUCUUGCCAUAGCUUACUGGACAGGAAUAGCAACAAUAUGUAGAGGUGAGAAUGAGCUACUGAAAGUUACAUAAAAUAUUUUAUCACAUACACUGAGACAUUUUUAUAUAUUUCACCAAUGACUGUUUAUAAAUGAUGGCCGUUACCAUUUAAAAUAAGAGAUGUUAUUUGAUGUGAAUUUAUUUAUUUUAUCAAAAUCCAUUUAUUACAUAAACAACUUUAUGUUUAAAGGAUAUAAAAUGCUAAAGCAGUAUCAGUCUUCUUGUUUUGCUAAAUACACAUCUAGUGUCAAAAUAUGCUAAAUACACCUCUAAUGUCAAAAUAUGCUAAAUACACAUCUAGUGUCAAAAUAUGCUAAAUACACCUCUAAUGUCAAAAUAUGCUAAAUACACCUCUAAUGUCAAAAUAUGCUAAAUACACAUCUAGUGUCAAAAUAUGCUAAAUACACCUCUAAUGUCAAAAUAUGCUAAAUACACAUCUAGUGUCAAAAUAUGCUAAAUACACAUCUAAUGUCAAAAUAUGCUAAAUACACCUCUAAUGUCAAAAUAUGCUAAAUACACAUCUAGUGUCAAAAUAUGCUAAAUACACAUCUAAUGUCAAAAUAUGCUAAAUACACCUCUAAUGUCAAAAUAUGCUAAAUACACAUCUAGUGUCAAAAUAUGCUAAAUACACCUCUAAUGUCAAAAUAUGCUAAAUACACAUCUAGUGUCAAAAUAUGCUAAAUACACAUCUAGUGUCAAAAUAUGCUAAAUACACCUCUAAUGUCAAAAUAUGCUAAAUACACAUCUAGUGUCAAAAUAUGCUAAAUACACCUCUAGUGUCAAAAUAUGCUAAAUGCACCUCUAAUGUCAAAAUAUGCUAAAUACACAUCUAGUGUCAAAAUAUGCUAAAUACACAUCUAGUGUCAAAAUAUGCUAAAUGCACCUCUAAUGUCAAAAUAUGCUAAAUGCACCUCUAAUGUCAAAAUAUGCUAAAUGCACCUCUAAUGUCAAAAUAUGCUAAAUGCACCUCUAAUGUCAAAAUAUGCUAAAUACACAUCUAAUGUCAAAAUAUGCUAAAUACACCUCUAAUGUCAAAAUAUGCUAAAUGCACCUCUAAUGUCAAAAUAUGCUAAAUACACCUCUAAUGUCAAAAUAUGCUAAAUGCACAUCUAAUGUCAAAAUAUGCUAAAUGCACCUCUAAUGUCAAAAUAUGCUAAAUACACAUCUAAUGUCAAAAUAUGCUAAAUACACCUCUAAUGUCAAAAUAUGCUAAAUGCACCUCUAAUGUCAAAAUAUGCUAAAUACACCUCUAAUGUCAAAAUAUGCUAAAUGCACAUCUAAUGUCAAAAUAUGCUAAAUGCACCUCUAAUGUCAAAAUAUGCUAAAUGCACCUCUAAUGUCAAAAUAUGCUAAAUGCACCUCUAAUGUAAAAAUAUGCUAAAUACACCUCUAAUGUCAAAAUAUGCUAAAUGCACCUCUAAUGUCAAAAUAUGCUAAAUACACAUCUAAUGUCAAAAUAUGCUAAAUACACCUCUAAUGUCAAAAUAUGCUAAAUGCACCUCUUAAGUCAAAAUAUGCUAAAUACACCUCUAAAGUCAAAAUAUGCUAAAUGCACCUCUAAUGUCAAAAUAUGCUAAAUGCACCUCUAAAUUCAAAAUAUGCUAAAUACACCUCUAAAGUCAACAUAUGCUAAAUACACCUCUAAAGUCAAAAUAUGCUAAAUACACCUCUAAAGUCAACAUAUGCUAAAUACACCUCUAAAGUCAAAAUAUGCUAAAUGCACCUCUAAAGUCAAAAUAUGCUAAAUGCACCUCUAAAGUCAAAAUAUGCUAAAUACACCUCUAAAGUCAAAAUAUGCUAAAUACACCACUAAUGUCAAAAUAUGCUAAAUACACCUCUAAUGUCAAAAUAUGCUAAAUACACAACUAAGGUCAAAAUAUGCUAAAUACACCUCUAAAGUCAACAUAUGCUAAAUACACCUCUAAAGUCAAAAUAUGCUAAAUGCACCUCUAAAGUCAAAAUAUGCUAAAUACACCUCUAAAGUCAAAAUAUGCUAAAUACACCUCUAAAGUCAAAAUAUGCUAUAUACACCUCUAAAGUCAAAAUAUGCUAAAUACACCUCUAAUGUCAAAAUAUUCUAAAUACACUUCUAAUGUCAAAAUAUGCUAAAUACACCUCUAAAGUCAAAAUAUUCUAAAUACACCUCUAAUGUCAAAAUAUGCUAAAUACACCUCUAAUGUCAAAAUAUUCUAAAUACACGUCUAAUGUCAAAAUAUGCUAUAUACACCUCUAAUGUCAAAAUAUUCUAUGUACACCUCUAAUGUCAAAAUAUGCUAAAUACACCUCUAAAGUAAAAAUAUUCUAAAUACACCUCUAAUGUCAAAAUAUGCUAUAUAAACCUCUAAUGUCAAAAUAUUCUAAAUACACCUCUAAUGUCAAAAUAUUCUAUGUACACCUCUAAUGUCAAAAUAUUCUAUGUACACCUCUAAUGUCAAAAUAUUCUAAAUACACCUCUAAUGUCAAAAUAUUCUAAAUACACUCUAAUGUCAAGAUAUGCCAAAUACACCUCUAAUGUCAAAAUAUGCUAAAUGCACCUCUAAAGUCAAAAUAUGCUAAAUACACCUCUAAUGUCAAAAUAUGCUAUAUACACCUCUAAUGUCAAAAUAUUCUAAAUACACCUCUAAUGUCAAAAUAUUCUAUGUACGCCUCUAAUGUCAAAAUAUUCUAAAUACACCUCCAAUGUCAAAAUAUGCUAAAUACACCUCUAAUGUCAAAAUAUUCUAAAUACACCUCUGUCAAAAUAUGCUAAAUACACCUCUAAUGUCAUUAAUUAACAGCCGUAGAUCUGAUUUUCACAACCUUGUUUACAAAUUCCUUCAGAAAUAACUUGUCCACCUCUGGUUGAGAUAAAAGAUGCCACCAUUACACCUGCAUCUUGCACGGCCAAAGAGGUCAUCUUUGGCAGUACCUGUUACAUCUCAUGUUUAUCUGGGUACACACUGAAAGGUCCACACAACAAGCAAUGCACAACAGAUGGCACAUGGCUUGCAACAGGAAGUGGAGUGAAUCAGUGCGUGGGUAGGUCAGACAUACUUUAACCCUUUCAUUACCACUGGUUUUGGCAUCGAUUUUUGCUGACUCAGCAAUACAAAUCUUUUUUUAAAGAAGAUAUUUUCCGUAUUUUCAUCCUCUAUCGUAUUCGCUUUUAAACUUCUCUAUAGAUUAACGAAUAAAGAAAUAUAUAGCAUUGAAAUAUGACAUCGAUGUGACGUCCUUGGUAUUUCAGAAAAGUUCUUUGCCUUUUUGUUAUGACGACAAUGAGACGUCCUUGGUAAUUGAAAGUGGGUGAUCCUGAUGUCGCAUCGACGUCAUCGGUAGAGAAGUGGUUAAUGAAAGCAUUGGUUAAUUUAGUUUUCUGUUUCAAAUAAGUAGUUUAUGCUUCAGUUAAAAAAAUAAUAAUUUAAAAAAAAAAAAAGAAGCUUUUAUAUUAUAGAAUGUGAAACAGAGGAAAAUUUUAUUUAUGAUUUAAAUAUUGCAAGAGGCUAUAAAUUAUAAACAAUUUGACUUCUUAGAUGAGGCCCCUCCAGUCUUGCGAUGCCCUGACAACAUUGAAGUUGAUGCUGAUGAAUUUGAGGACACCACUGAAGUAACCUGGGUUGCACCUGUUCCUGUCGACAACUCAGGUUUUCGCCCAGUUUUAACCUCUGACCCGGCCGUGACUCCUGGCUCAAGGUUCCCUGUUGGGACAACCAUCAUUGUUUACAAAGCUGAGGAUUUAAGUCUAAAUGUCGCCAAGUGUAAAUUUAUUAUCACUGUUGCAGGUGAGAAGAUAUUCUGGUAAAUUUGGUAGCAUCCGUUUUAAGUUUAUUCAAAUAUUUGAAGGUUGAAACAAGGCGAAAUUUAUGUGUUGAUGGAACUGAGCAUCAUUUGUUUUAAUGGUAACAAAUGAUGAUGGAGCAGUAAUUCAUUGGGAAGUCAACAACUUUUGGAUUUAACUAAAAGAGGAAAAUUUGUGCUACUUCCAGUUUAAAUUUGACAUGUGUGUCUAAUUGACACGGCUGUAGAGACAUCUUUAUGGAUUACAGAUUCCACCUUUUGAUGAUUUUAGUUUCUAAACAGUGUCAUAAUCUAGUCCCUAAGAUAAAAACCAUUCAAAUUAUAGUGAAAUAAAGCUAAGAAAACAUGUGGGGCUUUUUUAGUGUAAGACCAGAACCUUUUUUUCUGACACAGUGAAUAUCACAUUUCUUUCUGACACACUGAAUAUCUUAUUUCUUUCUGACACAGUGAAUAUCACAUUUCUUUCUCACACACUGAAUAUCUUAUUUCUUUCUGACACAGUGAAUAGCCCAUUUUAUUCUGACACAGUGAAUAUCUCAUUUCAUUCUGACACAGUAAAUAGCUCAUUUCUAUCUAAGACAGUGAAUAACUCAUUUCUUUCUGACACAGUGAAUAUCUCAUUUCAUUCUGACACAGUAAAUAGCUCAUUUCUUUCUGAAACAUUGAAUAUCUUAUUUCUUUCUGACACGGUGAAUAGCCCAUUUCAUUCUGACACAGUGAAUAUCUCAUUUCAUUCUGACACAGUAAAUAGCUCAUUUCUAUCUAAGACAGUGAAUAACUCAUUUCUUUCUGACACAGUGAAUAGCCCAUUUCUUUCUGACACAGUGAAUAGCUCAUUUCAUUCUGACACAGUAAAUAGCUCAUUUCUUUCUAAGACAGUGAAUAACUCAUUUCUUUCUGACACAGGGAAUAGCCAAUUUUUUUCUGAUACAGAGAAUAUCCAAUUUUUUUUCUAACGCAGUAAAUAGCUCAUUUCUUUCUGACACAAUGAAUAUCUCAUUUCUUUCUGACACAAUGAAUAUCUCAUUUCUUUCUGACACAAUGAAUAUCUCAUUUCUUUCUGACACAGUAAAUAGCUCAUUUCUUUCUGACACACUGAAUAUCCCAGUUCUUUCUGACACAGUGAAUAUCCCAUUUCUUUCUUUCCACAGACAAGACACCGCCACAGGUUGAUAAAUGUAAGUCUCCCCCACCAAUAAUUUCACUGCAAAAUAAGACAGAGGUGGCGUUGGAGCCUCCUAUUUUCUCAGACAACUCUGGACUACCUGUCGAAGUGGCAUCCUCUGUGAAGCUGGGAGAGUUGUUUCCCAUGGGGACAACUGUGGUCUCAUACACAGCUUUUGAUUCCGCCAACAAUAACAGCACCUGCAAAAUAGAGGUCCAAGUUAUCCGUAAGUUGGAUUGAAACUGUCAGCACCAGAUGGCCGUUGUUUUUGUUAAUCAUAAUAAAUAACAAUAAAGUUGUCACAGAUUAUUUAAGAUUGGGAAACAACCAGGCCCCAGGAAACAAUCAGGCCCUAGGAAACAACCAGGUCCUAGGUAACAACCAGGCCCUAGGUAACAACCAGGCCCUAGGUAACAACAAGGCCCUAGGAAACAACCAACCCCUAGGAAACAACCAGGCCCUAGGAAACAACCGGGCCCUAUGUAACAAAUGGGCCCUAGGUAACAACCGAGCCUUAGGUAACAACCGGGCCCUAGGUAACAACCGGGCCCUAGGUAACAACUGGGCCCUAGGUAACAACCGGGCCCUGGGUAACAACCGGGCCAGAGGAGUUGGACAAUCAGAAUUUCAAACUCUCAUGAGAUCAUACAUGUAUGAUACAGAGAUCCAAAAAUUAGAGGUGCUCUGUUCAUAACACGUUUUGCCCUUGAUUACAAAAUGAUUUUGAUCAUUUUGGUGGGGGUCUAACUCCCAUUUCUCAUCACAAAGUGCUUUAAUAGUAGUCCUCAAACUGUUAUUAGGCUAAUGCUCAGUUAACAUGAACAGAUGUUCAUCAAAUUUCUUGAUAGCACUAUUUUGUCAAACAAAAAGAAAUGUGUGCAUUCAAAAAGAAAUUUGACAAAAAUUUGAUGGUGUGAACUGAGCAUUUGUACAAAAAAAUCUAUUGAAGUCUAUAUUUUGAAGAGCUGGAAGUAUUUUUAAUUCUUUCCAUUCACAGCUCACCUAUGUGUUAUACCCAAUGCACCUGAACAUGGUAAUGUGUCUUGUGGAGAAGGUGAAAUGGGGGUCAAGUGUCAUAUCGCCUGCAAUGCCGGCUACGCCUUUGCUAUACCUGCAGCCGAGGAAUAUUUCUGUGCCUACCGAGAAGGGCGAUGGACACCAGAGGACAAGUUUCCUUUCCCAGACUGUGCAGGUUAUUUCCCUUUUUUCCUGAUGUUUAUUUUGCAAAUAUUUUCACAAGAAUGUGUUCUGAUAGAAAGGCUUAAAAACGGUUUCAAUGUUGAUACAACUGUUUCAUCCCCACCAAGCGUUUAAAGAAAAUCAACAUAAUUGAAGUUGAUCUUAACAUCCGCUGAACUGGUUUGUGAACUGUUUAAACAUUUAUUACAACUUCUGGAUAAGACUUCAGACCCCCUUGUCAUCAAAAGUUAGAGUUGAAUUCAUUUACUCUAAACCCCUUCACCACAACAGCAACCUCUAGCCAAAAUAGGACACAAUGAUGAGAUUUUUGUGUGUUUAGUUCAUUUAUUUAGCAAGGAUUCCUGUGAUUGACUCCCAAUAGGCCCUACCUGUUGAAGAUGAUGGUGACCUUUCAAAUUUUGCCUUUUUUUUUAACAAUUAAAUCUUUAAUGCCAGUUCUACUGCGUCAUAGCUAUCAGUAAAAAAAUUGUUGCUCUCAUGGCUGUUUACAAGAUUUUUAAAUAACAGAACAUUUCCACUGCCCCUGUUAACAGAAGUGACAUGGGGAUUAUAAACUAUGUUAUGGACAUAAGAGUGUAUGAGGUUAAUAUUGUGACUUAAUACAGACACGGCUUGCACCCUUGGAGAGGGAAAACAAAAUUGUGAAGAAAGACUUUUGAUAUUUUGCGAUAUGUUUAGUUCCGCAACCAUUAAGUCUGUAAAGACUGCAUAUGCGUGGGGAAUGCAGUGGGGGGGGGGGGAGAGAGGGGGGGGACAUUAAAUCCAAAUGUUUUGCUUAAAGGAACAUUGUUUAUGAGCAUGGAAUGGAGAACUCUAUAUUCUGUUUCAGUGAUCCAAAUCUCCAACAACAUUCUCCAGCCUGCAGUGAUCGCAUUGACUGGGGAUUUGUCAUGUAAAGAUCAAGUCUUGAUAUACAAGAUUCAGCAGAGUCUAGAGGGCACAAUGGAAGAUAAAGUGAGUUCUCUU